AUGAUAUAUAUAUAUAUAUUUUGUGUAGUUAACCAAGCGUUGGCAACCCUAGCUUUCUUUGGGGUUGCAGUAAACUUGGUAUUGUUCUUAACAAGAGUUCUUGACCAAGAGAGUGCAAUUGCUGCCAAUGGCGUUAGCAAGUGGACUGGCACCGUCUACCUCUGCUCCCUCGUCGGUGCCUUCAUUAGUGACUCUUAUUGGGGUCGCUAUGCUACUUGUGCCGUUUUUCAAGUCAUCUUUGUAUUUGGUUUGGGGCUAUUAUCUCUGACAUCAGGGAUGUUCCUCUUAAAGCCCAUGGGGUGCGGUAAUGGCACAUUAGAGUGCAUGCCCACAUCUAAAAUCGGCGUAGCAAUCUUCUACCUCUCUAUCUACAUGAUUGCUUUUGGCUAUGGCGGCCAUCAACCCACACUUGCCACAUUUGGUGCCGACCAAUUUGAUGACUCCAUUCCUAAAUACGCCAACGCCAAGAGUGCCUUCUUCUCUUACUUCUACUUUGCUCUCAAUUUCGGUUCCCUCUUCUCCAACACCAUUCUUGUCUAUUUUGAGGAUACCGGCCACUGGACUGUAGGGUUUUAUGUGUCCUUGGGCUCUGCUGUACUAGCCUUGAUUCUGUACUUACUUGGCACCAAACGUUACCGUUACUUGAAGCCUUGUGGGAACCCUUUGCCGCGUGUGGCUCAAGUGUUUAUGGCUGCUAUCAAGAAGUCGAAGGUGGUGCCUGCAAAUGGAGAUGAACUUUAUGAGGUUGAUGGCCCUGAGUCUGCCAUUAAAGGCAGCCGUAAGAUUCUUCAUAGCAAUGGUUGUAGGUUUUUAGACAAGGCGGCAACGAUUACAGAUGAAGAUACGAAAGAAUCAAAGAAUCCAUGGAAUCUCUGCACAGUAACUCAAGUCGAAGAAGCAAAGUGCCUUAUCAGAAUGCUUCCAAUUUGGGUUUGCACCAUCAUGUACUCCGUCGUCUUUGCUCAAAUGGCAUCUUUGUUCGUCCAACAGGGAGAUGUAAUGGACUCCACCAUUGUCGGUGGAUUCCACCUCCCAGCAGCAAGUAUGUCCGCCUUUGACAUCUGCAGCGUCCUAGUAUCCACCGGCCUGUACCGCCAAAUCCUCGUCCCUCUCGCUGGUCGACUUAGUGGAAACCCUAAAGGUCUAACAGAGCUUCAAAGAAUGGGGACAGGCCUUGUAAUUGCGAUGUUAGCCAUGAUAGCUGCUGCUGCGACCGAGAUCGAGAGGUUAAAGCACGUUGUUCCAGGGCAAAAGCAUAGUUCUCUAAGCAUAUUUUGGCAAAUUCCUCAGUACAUUCUGGUAGGUUGCUCAGAGGUUUUCAUGUAUGUAGGACAAUUGGAGUUCUUCAACUCUCAAUCACCUGACGGAAUCAAAAGCUUAGGGAGUUCGUUGUGCAUGGCAUCCAUUUCGCUUGGAAAUUUUGGGAGUAGCUUGUUGGUGUAUAUAGUUAUGGAGAUCACAAGGAAAGAAGAAAGUCCUGGAUGGAUUCCGGAUGACUUAAAUUCGGGUCAUGUGGACAGAUUUUACUUUCUAAUUGCAGCUCUCACGGCCAUUGAUUUUUUUAUCUAUUUGUAUGGAGCAAAAUGGUACAAGUUUAUUCAGAUGGAUGACAUUUCAAUAGUACCGAGCAACUCCAUGGGUGUCCAAGGGAGGGAGGAAGAGGAAGAGGAAGAGGAAGAGGAAGAAGAUGAAGUUCUUGAUAGAGUAUGAUUAGUUAGACGUCCAAAAAAUUAUUUUAUUUUUAUUACAAAAAUAACAAUGGUGAUUUGUUGAUUAGAGAUUAGGCAAUUUGAGAACUAAUAUCAUAGUUGGUAUUAUUAUGUUAAGAGAUGGAAUAAAUGAUG